UUUUCCGUUUUGUUUACUCUGUCAUUUCAAAAAGUUAGGUUACCAAAAAUGUAUACACAAUAACAAAUCUUUAAUAUUAACUGUAUAUCUUAACAACGUUAAACAUGAAAUCAAGCAGUCAGUUUUCAAAAUCGACGCCAUCGACGUCCUCCUGUAAUUCGAAAAACAAAAAAUCUAGCAAAGAUAGAGAGAAAAGAAAAUCUCAAACUAGCCAAUCUGAAAACAAUGGAUCUAACGAAAAAGAAUCUCCAAAUAAGGAAAGUGGUUCAGGGCAAUAUGCUGGAAUUGGUGCAGAAUCAAUUUUAAAUUAUGCUGAACAUUUGUCUGAAGACAUAUCAUCAGCCAUCAUUGAUGAUAUGAACAAAUCUGAAGAGAUUUGUAAUGUCCUUGCAGAAGAUAUAAAUUAUAAACUGAGAUAUAUUAUCCAUGAUGCCUUACUUAAAGCUAAACUUUCUGGUAGAGAUAAAAUAAAUUCAAAGGACAUAGAAGAGACUUUUGAAACUUUACAUAUUGAAAAAGUUUAUGGUGCUCCUACCAGUCCAAAUUGGCUUACUUUACCAGACCAACCGGGAACAGUUAAUACAUUGUACUUAGAAGAUGCAAAGAUCAACUUAAUUGAACUAGCUGAAGAGGAAGCUUCUUAUAUCCAACCUGGUAAACCUAUUAUAACAAAAACCUGGUAUCCUGAAGAAGUGAGCAGUACAUUAAAAGAAUAUUUUACCAUUGUGUGUCAGAGUAUUAUCAGUUCUGACCCUGACAUAAGAGCAGCUGCUUUAGAAGAUAUUAGUGAGAAUUCAAAUAUAGGCCCAAUAAUUGAAUGGUUUUAUCAUUUUGGAUAUUUUUUAUUAUCCAAAGAUAUAACUUAUGAUUGCUUGACAUUAAGAGCAUUAGAUUUAAUUGACACAUUAGAAAGUAGUCCUCUGGGCAGUGCAAAUGUAUCUGAAAAACAGUUAAAAUUAUUAGUGAGAUUAAUUCUGCAGAGGUUGCUACAAUCUGUUACAACAGAAGAAGUCCUGAAACCAAUGUGUUCUCUUCUUAGUAUUCUUUGUUUGAGGGUACCAAUUAAAGAAUUUGUAAUUAAGAAAAUUAAACAAAAAAUUAAUGAAAUUCCUGGACUAUGUGAGAAUUUUUGUCUUCCUAUUUUAACGACUGUGUAUUAUCUUGGGGUGGAUGCAAUUAUGGAAAUUUUUCUUCCUAAUUUAAACUUUUUCAUAGAACAAGUCAUGGAGAAGAGAAAUAAAGACUUGACUCAAAUUAUGUUGGGAAUUUAUAAUAUAAUCUGUAGAACAGGUUUAUAUGAUUCUUCUGUACAUGAGUUAUUUUUUAAAGCAUUUGAAGAUGUUCUAGUCAUGUUUUGGAGGCCAAUACAUAAUCAAAACAAUGAUUGCACCAAGGAAGAACCUAAUUUUAUCAGAAUGAAGGCGGAAUUAAUCAAAACGCGAAAGAAGAUACAAUAUACCCCAAAAGGGUCAUAUUCAUAUACUGAUUUAACAGAACUGAUGUCACCAAGACAAGGUGCAAGUUUUACUCACAAGAAGUCACACAAUGUUGAAGAGGUGUUUGAUUUACCAACUAAGGAUUGUCCAGUGAAGAGAAUUUUGGAUCAACAGAGGUCAUCAUUUAAGUAUUAUGGAAAUGAAACACAUGUGACUAUAGGUAAAACCACAUUGUUGUUACCAGUAUUAACUUAUUUUAAAAACAAAAAGAGGCCAAAAUGUGCAGGUCAUUCAUUAUUAUCAUAUAAUAUUUAAUAAAUUAUAUAAAUUUAA